AUGGAGAAAUGGACGCCAGAUUUGAGUUCAUCGGAGAAAACUGAAGCUUUUGAUCGGAGCAGAAAAUCAUUCCGGUCACCGGAGAUAGCGAACGGAGUAAUUGUAGUGGUGGAGAUUCGAAGGUUUGAUCACCUUAGUAUGGCUGAGGCAAAACCUAGUGGGCAGUUGUGGGGAUAUAAUUUUGGGUUGUCCAUGUGGCCUAGGUUAUUGGUUGAGGUGCUACGUAGGUGGUUUAGGAUUGCCAAGAGUGAAGAUGGUGAUGUGAUUGACUGCGUCGACAUUUACAAACAACCUGCAUUUGAUCAUCCACUUAUCAAGGAUUUACAGAUUAAUCAAAACAAGAUCCUCAUCCUCAAUAGGAGAGGCAGCAAGUGCGAGCUGAUCAGCAAGACUUUUGAUCUGAGCAAGAUAGUCUUCCAUGGACUCAGAUUUCUUCAUGAUACUACUGAGUUUGUUCUUGAGUUGGUGUAUAUGAGAUCUGGAGAAUGGACAAGCACAAGUGCCAUCCACAUAACAGAGAAGAUUUGUAGCUCUGAGUAUGUUUUGGAGAUGUGUUUUCCAAACAAUUAUGCCUUUGUUUCUGAAAAAAGUGGUAGUACCUACCAUGGAGCACACGCGUCAUUUAAUGUGUGGAAUCCUAGGACAGAGGCUAAUGAAUUUAGUUUAUCUCAAAUGUGGGUUAUGUCUGACAUAACAAGCAGGAAUACUAUUGAAGCUGGAUGGACGGUUUAUCCCGGAUUGUAUCUUGACAAUCAGACAAGGUUCUUUAUAUAUUGGACAAGAGAUAACUAUCAAAGCACAGGAUGCUAUGAUCUUAGUUGCCCUGGUUUUGUACAGACAAAUCAUAAGUUUGCCAUUGGUUCCACCAUAAAACCUGUUUCCACCUACAAGGGAAAGACGUUUGACAUAUCUAUACUGAUAUACAAGGACAACCACACUGGAAAUUGGUGGCUUCAGCUGCAAGAUGUGGUAUUAGGUUACUGGCCUGGUUCCAUCUUCACAGGCUUAGCUGACAGCUCUACGUUAGUGGCAUGGGGAGGAGAGAUCAUCAACUUAAGAUCAGCACGACAUCACACAACCACUCAAAUGGGGAGUGGCCAUUUUCCCUUCGAAGGAUAUGGAAAAUCAAGUUUUUUCUAUAAUCUUAAAGUCAUUGACAAGUCAAACACUCUGCAAGAUCCAGCUUCCCUUCAACCAUAUGCUACAGAUUCUGCAUGCUAUGAUUUACAUGUUGCGGAAAACAAAAAUACUGAUCUCGGAACUUAUUUUUACUAUGGGGGUCCCGGAUAUUCUGCACAAUGCCCAUGA